AUGCCUUUAGUCGCGCAGUUUUUUGUUUCACCCUUUAUGGAAAUUGAUAUCCAACAGUUUGCAACUUGCGUUAUGCAGAACUUUGGCGAAGACAUCGGUGCAAGAAAAAUGGAAGUAAUUGAGUUUCAAAAUGAUUUAGCCUUAAAAUCGGCAGCAAAGUCACGCUGGGGACACGAACUUUAUGAUUUAAAUAAUGAUGAAAUAGUAGUCAACAGUAAUCCGUACAAUGUACCGGUUGACACAAAUAUUUUGAAUGAAGACAUUUUAUUAGAUUUGGAAAUAGAAGAGGAACUUCCUAACAAAACAUUCACCUUAGAAGGAAAAAGGAUUAUUAACAUUGGCUACUUCUUUGAACAGCUUCAGAAUAUUCAGCAUUUGCCAAGUUUUGCCUGUUCCUUGGUAAAUUGUCAAAUUAUUAAUGAAGUAACAAAUGCUUCAAAAUUUAUAGUAAAAUGCAAUAUGUGCAAUGAAAAAUUUUCGUUAAAUUCACAACAAGCAGAUGAAUUGUAUGUAAACCUGGCAGCAGUACUUGGUAAAUAUAUCACUCAAAGUUAUGUAAAACUAGCAAUUGUAACAUGUUACACAAUUGCUGUAUCACCGUGA